AUUGUAUCUAUUUAUUUUCUCAUCCCGUUUUUUUAAGUAGACUGUUUCACGGAGGCGCAGAAACAGAAACGGUUUUUUUUUCUAUAACUUGCAAGUUGAAUUGUUUGCAUGCAUAAAGUUUGCGAGCACAUGCCUUUUUAAAGUUUGAAACGAAAACUUUCUAUUAUGCUCUUGUGUGGAACAAAUCAUUUGUUUGAAUGAGCUUGUUGAGACAUGAAUUUACAAAGAAAACAGUUCCAAGCAAGAACUGCACUAGAAUGCUUUGCCACCAGAUGGCUCAGACUGUGUGAUAGGCCACGUCGUGCACUGGUUUAGCGCAAUUGUUAUACAAAUGGAAACUCUUAAGAAUGUUAUUUUACUAAUAAUGUACUGCUUUCACAAACAAGUAAGAUACGAACAACACACCGAGUCCUUCUGGCUGUAGUGCUUUCAAAGAUGCUAAUUUUGGUUACCAUGGUGACCGGAAAGACUCCCUGAUCCGUGUCGCAGCAGCACAAAGCACAGCAGGAGGAGACAACAUCCUUUUAAAUCACACUCCCUUUCUUCAAGCGCAGAGGGUUACAAAACGGAGAUGCCAUUUUACAACAACGUGUAUUAUCCAUUUACAUCUGAAACCCCAGGGACUCUGUCAUCGGCUGGGAUACCUUCCUUACUGAAUUCACCUCAGAGCCAGUAUCCCUCCAGCAUACCCUCUCAGUCAGCACCAGCACCAAUGCCUGCAAUAACAGGGAUGGUUGGGGGGCAUUUGCCAGCCUUUAAAUUCAGAGCACGUCUCGAGAGUGUGGACUGGAGGAGGAUCAGUGCCAUCAAUGUGGACAGAGUGGCCAGCGAACUGGACAUCAACACACUGCAGGAGAACAUCAUGGCCAUCACAUUCUGCAACAUGGACAAUGAAAGGUGCCCUUAUUGUCAGAACCCAGUGGAUCCAGUCCUGCUGAAGCUUUUCAGGCUGGCCCAGCUCAAUGUGGAAUACCUGCUUCACUCUCAGGAAUAUCUCACUUGCAAUCUGCACACUAUGGAGGAGAGGAUAACUGCUUUGGGGCAGGAGAAAGAACAGAUUAGGAGGGAAAUGGUAAAACAAUCAGAGGAGAUUAAGUCACUGAAGGAAGAAUGCAAACGCAGGAAAAAGAUCAUCACCACCCAGCAGACAAUGAUUCAGGCUGGUGUCAGUAAUUACCAUAAGUGUCAGCAUUGUGACAAGGCGUUCAUGAACUACUCCUUUCUGCAAAGCCAUACGCAACGCCGUCACCUAGGAGAAUAUGAUAUUGCUGAAAAGCAGAAAAAAGGACAGACUGGUAAACUCCAAGAUGAGAUCAACAAGCUGAAGGAACAGUUAGAGCUUACAAGAUCCCAGCUAGAAACUGAACAACACGCAUACAUGGAAAAACUUUCCAAGGAACAUGAAUAUCAGCGGACAAAGGAAGAAGAAACUAUAAAGAGAUUUGAAAAGUGGAAAGAUGAAGAAAAAGACAAGCUUGGUGGAGAAAUAGGCAAAAUGAGAGAGAUGUUCAUUAAAGAAUUCAAGGAGUUGUCUACUAAAAACACUGCUUUAGAAAAUGAACUUUUAGAGAUGAAGAAGUCCAAUGUACAGUUGAAGUCUAACAUUGGAGUUCUAAAGGAAGACAGAGACACUGAGAUUGAAGGGGAGAAAAAUAGGUACCACGAGGAUCUUCAGAGUCUUAAAGAGCUGCUUCAAAAACAGGAGGAAAAGUGGACUGAAAGGAUGCAGAAAGUUCACAAAGAACAUGACAAGGAAAAGUAUCAGCUUCAGAGUGACCUGCAGAGGCUCCAGUCUUCACUGUCAGAGGACGAAAAAGUCAACAUUAACUUUUACAAGAAAAGAAUUGAAGAACUGGGCCAGAAGCUGAAGGAACAGAAUGUGAUAAUUUGUACUCAGAAAGAACAGAUUAAAGAACAUUAUUCAAAACCACCAGAAAGGAUUACAGAAAAUGCUGUACUUACUCCAGCACCACAGGCUCCUGUUGCCAAGCCAGUGACACACGAGCAAGCAUUAUCAGAACAUAUACUGGAACCUAUAGAGGAGCUUUCAGAGGAGGAUAAAGUUUCAGAUUCAACAAACAUUGUAGAAAAUGAGAUUGAUUGCAACCAGCUUCUGAUUAGGGCCUUGAAGAAAAAUCCUUCAUUAACCAAGGAAUUACGCCCAAUCUUAGAGCAGACUGUGGAAGAAAAACUGGAAUCUCUUGGUCUGAAACCAGGACUCUCCAGUGGUAUCUCCAGUGACCACCUUAAUAAAAUCAUGGUUACAAUGGAAUCACAAAGGGAAAUGAAAGAAAAGAAAAUGCCUGAUUUUCAAAACAUCCGAGAACAUCUUUCUGAUAAAUUGAGGAUCAAGGUCCAGGAAAGGAGAGCUACACUAAGCUCAGUGUUACAGAUGCCUGCUUUUGAUCACCUGUCUUCGGAUAAGCAGAAGAAAAGCAGAUCAAAUAGUUUGCCAACAAGUCAGAAGCCACAAAUGAUGUCCAAAUCAAUCAAGAAGCCGUCACCACAACCUGUCCUUCGAACAAAGAAGCCAGCUCCAAAAACAUCCACAUCAAAAACUCCUCCAUUCAGCUCAGAAGAAGACUCAGAAGGCGAAUCUUUUCGAAAACCUCACAAAGAGCCUAAAGUUAUCCUGUCAAAAACUCCAGUUCCCAGUAGCAUUAAAACAAUGGUCAAGUCUGUUGAGAGUGACACUGACUGGACAGAGGAAAGUGAGAUGGAAGAGAUUGAUCCCAAACGGUUCCAAGGUUAUAAAAAAGAAGCCACAGAAACAAACUUACGGAGUAAUAAUAUCAAAGAAAUGAUUGAAGAUAUUGAAAAACAACUAGCCAGUCGAGGAGCCAAGAAAAAGCCAGUUGGCGGUGUAGAUGCAUUACAAGUGCCAAAAAGAAAAGAGGUGAUUCAAGAACUGAAGUUUUCAGAAGUAGAUGACGAUGAUUGGGAUAUUUCUUCUUUAGAAGAAGAUAAGCCUCUAGCAGCAAAACCUGAGAAAGGCCAGCCUGCUUUCACAGUCAGAAAGAGCUUUGAGUCCAAUUCAUCCACUAAUACCAGUGUCUGGGGCCCUUCAACCGCGAAAGGAGUUAAUCGAACGGGACUUCCUGAAGGAGACACUACAAGCACUUUCAGAAGCAGCCUGGCAACUGUCACUGACUGGAGUGAAACUUCAGACAUAGAACAAAUCUAAAUGGUUUAUUUGCUAUGUAAGAAAACUAAUACUGCACUUGUACAUUUUGAAAUCUGACUUAGUGAUAUAUAAGCUUUACAGUGCCUUAAAUUCAGUAGGUUUUAACUAUUUAGCCAUAAACACAAGGUACUUAAAGUCUAUGGUAUUUUUAAGUGUGUUCUUUAUGCCUCACACAUAUUUAUUAGAAGGUUUAUUUACAUAGGGGUCUAUAUUUACCCCUGUGGGAAAUCAGAAAGCAAAUUGCCCUCUCCAUAAUAAUUGUAUUAAAUGGGUAAUUUGCCCACAGUGGAAAAUUGGGCCCAGUGUCACAGCUAAGACACACGUCUCAUUGUAACUGACAUUACAGUGGUAAUUAAUUUGUUAAAAUGUCGCAAUACUUUUAAAAAGAAAUACAUUCAAUACCAGUUUUAGUAUUUUUUCUGUACUGUUAAUAGCAAAACUGCCACAUUUUUCUUAUAAAAUAACCAUGGUGUGUAGUCCACUAAAAUACAAUGGCCUUUUCAGAUGUCACAUUAAACUGCAGUGUAGUCUUAGAAACGUGUCAUUUGGUUACAGGUAAACAGUAACAGUGUUCUCUACUUUCAUUUGCUACCCCCUGUCCACUUUUUUGACCCUGACCAUGUUUUGUUUAAAUAACAGUAUCCCUCAUCUGCCUCUAUUGCUGAAGAAUACAACAGCCGGGUUCAGAUACUUGUUUACUGCAGGCAAAUAUAUUCUGUGAUGAACUGCCAUUACGGAUUCUGCCCCCUGUUGGGGAGAUGAGAUGAGGUUAAAGCUCUAUAACCACUAAUGCAGAUGAGCCUGGCUCUUUUGCAUAGUGGUUAAGACGCUUGUUUGGGACAAUUGAGAUUUUCAACCCAGCCAGUACAAGAUGCUUUGGAAGUCAAGUUACUUUCUGCGCAAUGCCAUUUUAUUAGCGAGAAAGGGUGUGAAUAAAAACAUUAAAAGGAUGACAAUAAAUAGCACAUAAGUAAGUGUCUCAACAUGUUCUGUGUGGUUAGUUUGGUUCUCAAAUUGCAUUUGAGAUUGUCAAGUUUUAAUUUAUUACUUCCUCUUAUAUUAAGGGUGUUGUUAUAUGCGCAUUAUAGUGUUCAAAUGUGUCUUUGUUUUGCAGGUUUUAUAAAAUCCUGACUACAGCCAUUAAGGAAUAUAUGUGGUUAAUGGUUCAGUGCAAAAGUUGAAUGGUUAAUACAAUAAAUGUGCUUGCAGUAUUUAAAGAUGUAUAAUUUAUACUUUUUAAUAAAUUGAUUUAUAUUA